AUGGGAAACAUCUCCUUUUGGGAUGAUCUGAACAGCUCCUGCAGCAAUGCAGGCAACAGCUGCUACCUGGAAAACAGCAUGAGGUUCAACUUCACCCUCCAAGAGCAGGCAGCUGAUUUCUACGUUGUCCUACCCGUGAUCUACUCUGUGAUCUGUGCUGUGGGGCUCACAGGCAACACUGCUGUCAUCUAUGUGAUCCUCAAGGCCCCAAAGAUGAAGACUGUGACCAAUAUGUUCAUCCUGAACCUUGCUAUCGCUGACGACUUGUUCACGCUUGUCUUGCCCAUCAAUAUUGCGGAGCACCUCCUCCGCUACUGGCCCUUUGGAGAAAUCCUCUGCAAGGUCAUCUUGUCCAUAGACCACUACAAUAUCUUCUCCAGCAUUUAUUUCCUGACAGUGAUGAGCAUAGACAGGUACCUGGUGGUGCUGGCUACAGUCAGGUCCAAGAGGAUGCCCCACCGCACGUACCGAGCAGCCAGGAUUGUCAGCCUGUGCAUCUGGAUCCUGGUCACCAUCAUAGUCCUCCCUUUCAUCAUCUUUGCCAAUGUCUACACCGAUGACCUGGAGAUCAAGAGUUGUGGUCUCAAUUUCCCCAAGCCUGAGAGGUUUUGGUUCAAAGCCAGCAGGAUCUACACCCUCAUCCUUGGCUUUGCCAUUCCGGUAUCCACCAUCUGCAUCCUCUACGCCAUGAUGCUCUACAAGCUGAGGAACAUGCACUUGAACUCCAAUGCCAGAGCCCUGGACAAAGCCAAGAAGAAAGUCACCAUCAUGGUCUUCAUAGUCCUGGCAGUGUUCCUCUUUUGUUGGACCCCCUUCCACUUGGCCACCAUCGUGGCUUUGACCACUGACUUACCCCAGACUUCCAUGGUCAUUGGGAUAUCCUACUUCAUCACCAGCCUAAGCUAUGCCAAUUCAUGCUUGAAUCCUUUCUUGUACGCUUUCCUGGAUGACAGUUUCCGGAAAAGUUUCCGGAAAUUGCUGGAAUGCAGAACUUCUUGA